AGAGAAUGAGAGAGAGAGUCGUAACAGAAGAAACAGGUCUCUAAAAUGAGUAAAAUCUGAUAAAUCUAGACAAUACUUAAUAUAAAUUAAGUUUAAAAAAUCAAAGUAUUUAAAUUUAACAGGUUUUCAAAAAUUAACACAGAAAAGGUUAAAGGGAAGAAAAAUGUUAUUAAUUCACCUGUAAAGUUCAUAAAAGGGUCGUCAGAGAGCAUUCAAAAAGAACUUUUCUACUAAUAUUGCACAUUUUACAAAACAACUUUUUGUUUCGUUGGGCGGAGGUGAAUUCCUAUUCUCAGUCUUUAAACACCGAAACUAAAGAGGUCACAGUUAAGAGCCACAUUUGUAAUGUGAUUCUAUAUUACACACAACCCCAAAUUACCAUUUGUUUUCUCUUUCCUUUUCUAAAAUGCACUGCGUGUUAUAUUAUACAAACGUGCUUAUUUUGAGAUGACCGUGUUUUGGUUGAAAUAAACAAAAAACAAACAAACAAAAAACGACAACCGUUGUCGUUAAAAUUGUUCACUUAGAGCCUGCGCAUUGGCUACUGGAGCUGGAACGCCAUGGUGGAUGUGUGACGUCAGAGCACGGAUGUUUGUGUGUGAGAGCGUGCAUGUUUUUGUGUGUGAGAGAUCGAGAGGUGCAGAGAGCAGUGUGACUUUUUUGUCUGUGUGAAAGUGAGUUUGAGAAUUAACAUGUGAUUGAAAAGACGUCCGAAAUAAAGGUAUCAGAUGAAGUCAUAGGACACUGGCUGACGCCAAGCUGUGUUCCAUGGAGGAUGCCAUCAUACUGGAGAAUGAAAGCGGAAGCAUGACCAAAGACUGCCAGCAGACAACUAUUCCUGAUUCUUUACAUCCUUUUUCGGCCACCAUGAGUAAAUUAAAUGAUGAAACAUUUACUGAGAACCAGGCUGUCUCCAUGGAAAGUAAAGACUGCAGUUCUGCUCUCUCCUCACCUGCUGAAGCCUGCCCACCUAAACCUGCUGCGACUCCCCAAAGUACCAUGGAAGCGACAAAGCAAAUAACAGCAACCUCAAAUAGAAGAUCAGCUUCAGACUCUUCAAAAAGUCCAGUGACAGGCCUUAUUGACGUCUUAUCCAUGCCACCAUUGUUGACCACAUUGCCAUUCAACACAUUUGGCAGCCCUAAUGGGGAGAACGAUUUUCCCACUGAAGUAAUCCAAAAAAAUGUUACUGUCACAUUAGAAUGUAACAGUGUGUGGAAGCAAUUUCACAGCCGCGGAACUGAGAUGAUUCUCACUAAACAGGGGCGUCGCAUGUUCCCUUAUUGCCGAUACCACCUGUCUGGCUUAGAGCCUGAGCACCAUUACCGUCUGUUCCUCUCCAUAUAUCCAUCCGACCCGUACAAACACCGUUGGAACUGGGCCACGAAAAAGUGGGAGACCUUUGGUCUAGCUGAGAACCAGACUAGGAGUCUAAUACAGGCCUAUUUUCCCCACAACAGAUCUCUGAAAGGUUCAGAUUGGAUGAGCGGCUCUGUGUCUUUUUACAAACUCAAACUGACCAACAAUUGCAAACCUCAAGAUAAUCGUAUACUCUUGAACACAAUGCAUCGGUACAUUCCCAUGCUGCAUGUGAUACCAGUCCUAGAUGGAGAUACAGGACAGCCAGAGAUGCCCAUUGUUUUGGGACCUGACAGCAUGACGUUUAUAUUUCCACAAACAGAAUUUAUGGCUGUUACAUGUUACCAGAACAGCAGGAUCACCCAGCUUAAAAUUCAAUAUAACCCAUUUGCAAGAGGGUUUAAGAAGACUGAGGACAACCAGCUUCUCAACGGAGAGACUGACAAUUUGACCGAGAAAGAAGAGUCUAAAGUCCUAGAUCAAAGUAAAAGCAACGAAGAGACUGCUGACCUGAGUGCAAAAACUAAUUCCAUCAGUAGUCCACCUGUCCAGCAGACCAGGCUGGUCCUGAAGCCCUUCAUGUCCACAGCGUGUGGUAAAGAUGAGCUGUUUGUCUCAUGUAUGAGAGGAAAGCAUGCCCUUGGUGAACUCAUACUCGUGGAAGACCAAUCUGUGGAUAAAACCUCAGAUAUGGCCCCGACAUCGAAGUUGCACCCAGACUCGACAUCUACAGCAACAUCUGUCACUCCCAGCUCCUCAAAGUCAACAACAAGAUCUUCACCUGGAAAAGACACAAAGAGGAAGUUAAAUGUGCGCAAGCAUUAUUCUAGAGGAGCCUUAACCACUGGCUCUUCGACAGCGAACAACAACCCGACUGUUUCUUUGCAGCCAGAGUUGGAUGACGUUGAAGGCCAUGUCUUUGUGUCAUUCAACUCAAAGAAAGCUCUAGAAGUUCAUUUGAAGAGCAAACCAGCCCAAUGUGCAGCACCUGUAUCUCCACCUUCCCCAGUGUAUCAGCAACAGAACAUAAAAGCGAAAUUCGUACCAGAGUCAGAUGAAGAGAUCAUUGCCAGCAUGCAAGCAGCUCUGUUGCGGGAUCUCAAAACUCUUAGACACAGACAGGUCAUCCAUCCUGUUCUUCAGAAAGUGGGCUUGAAGCUGAACUUCAUCAACUCCAACGUAUCCAUUGACUUGCAGUAUUUGGGAGUGGAUCUACCUCUACCUCCAGCACCAACAACAGAACCAACUGAACAUGUGGACUCCAUGUCUCUUGAUAAAGAAUUACCCUUCAUCUCCAGGACAGGAAAGACAAGCGAUGUGACAAAAAUUAAAGGAUGGAAACACAAAUACAUAAAGGGCAAGGAAACAUCUGCUAACUGUGUCGGGUUACCAAAGAACCUAUCAGCCUUCUGCAGUGACAUGUUGGAUGAGUACUUGGAAAGUGAAGCUAAGAAAAUCAGUGAGCGAGCCGAAGCCUUUUCCACAAACCCUGAGGCCUCAGUGGCUUACGAGUUGCCAGCCAAAAGCUCCAGCUAUGUUAAAACACUGGACAGUGUCCUCAAGAAUCACUGCAAGAUCAUUUCAACAUCAAGAUAUUGA